GGGCCGCCUCGCACCAUCCCAUCUUUACAUUUGGCCAUUUCAACCUUCCCGGCAGCCGUUGCAAUUCCUCUUCUCCCCCAUCCUCGGCGGCGGCGAGGCGACUGACCGACCCGGACGUCGAUCUGCCUUGCCGACGGAGCCUCGCUCUGCUUCCGACUCUCCCCUCCCGCCGAGGCACGCACCCGCGCGGCGCCGCGGGUACUUGCAUCGACCGUUAAAGACGCCCAGCUCUACCCUAACGCCCCGCCCUCGCUCCGCCAAGGGGUUUUCUAGGGUUUUGGUAAGAAUCUCCGCUCCAUUCCGUCGCGUUUCGUUCGAAUCGUGCUGCCAAAUCCCAGAGCUCGGGCCCCAUCGCCGUCGCCCGCGGCUCCCAUCCCAAGAUGAGCUACGCGGCGUACAAAAUGAUGCACUGGCCCACCGGCAUCGACUACUGCGCCGCCGGCUUCAUUACCCACUCCCCUGCUGAAGCCGCCGCCUUCUCCUCACUGGAGCCCUCCAUCUCGUGUCCCGAGGGUGACGUCGACUCCGCGGCGCCGAGGGCGGCCCAGCGCGUGGGCCCCACCCCCAACCUGGUCGUGGUGGCAGCUAACGUGCUCGAGGUGUACGCCGUGAGGACUGACGCCGUGAUGGGGGCUCAGGAUGGGGGGCCUUCUUCGACGGCUGCCAUCCUGGACGGGAUAUCCGGUGCUCGACUGGAGCUUGUGUGCUAUUACAGGCUUCACGGUAACAUUGAGUCGAUGGCUGUGUUGUCGGAUGGCACAGACAAUACACGAGACUCCAUCGCACUUGCAUUUAAAGACGCAAAAAUAGCAUGUCUGGAGUUUGAUGACAGCAUCAAUGGCCUGCGAACGAGCUCAAUGCAUUGCUUUGAAGGCCCUGACUGGUUGCAUCUGAAAAGAGGCAGGGAAUCCUUUGCCUGUGGUCCUAUCAUAAAAGCGGAUCCUCAAGGCAGAUGUGGUGCUGCACUUUUUUAUGGAUUGCAGAUGAUAAUUCUGAAAGCAGCGCAGGUUGGGCAGAGCUUAGUUGGAGAAGAUGAACCUACACGUAUGUUGAGUUCGGCUGCUGUUCGGAUUGAUUCUUCAUAUGUGAUUGACUUGCGUCAUUUAGAAAUGAAUCACAUCAAAGAUUUUACAUUUGUGCAUGGUUAUAUUGAGCCUGUGUUGGUCAUACUUCAUGAGCAAGAACCUACGUGGGCUGGGCGUAUCUCAUCAAAGAACCAAACAUGCAUGAUAUCUGCAUUUAGUAUAAGCAUGAGUUUAAAGCAACAUCCGAUGAUAUGGUCUUCUGCUAAACUGCCGCAUGAUGCGUACCAACUUCUUGCUGUUCCUCCACCAAUUAGUGGCAUUCUUGUGAUCUGUGCAAAUUCGAUCCAUUAUCAUAGUCAGUCCACAUCUUGUUCACUUACCUUGAACAGUUUCUCAUCCCAGCCUGAUGGCAGCCCAGAAACUCUUAAAACGAGUUUCCAUGUGGAGCUUGAUGCAGCUAAAGCAACAUGGUUAUCCCAUGAUAUUGUAAUGUUUUCAUCAAAGAAUGGAGAAAUAUUAUUACUAACAGUGGUUUACGAUGGGCGAGCUGUACAAAGAUUAGAUCUUAUGAAAUCAAAAGCAUCUAUUCUCAGUUUGGGUGCUACAACUCUUGGAAGUUCGUUCUUCUUUCUUGGCAGUCGUCUGGCAGACAGCCUUCUUGUGCAAUUUUCCUUUGGGGUGCCAACAUCGGUUCUGCCUGAUCUAACAGAUGAGUCUGCUGAUAUUGAAGGUGACCCGCCUUUCGCAAAGCGUCUAAGAAGGAUUCCUUCUGAUAUUUUACAAGAUGUGAACAGUGUUGAGGAACUUUCUUUUCAUAGUAAUUCAGUGCCAAAUAGUCUAGAUUCAGCACAGAAGAUCUCAUUUGUAGUGAGAGAUGCAUUGAUCAAUGUUGGUCCUCUGAAAGAUUUUGCAUAUGGUUUAAGAACUAAUUCGGAUCCCAAUGCGGCAGGCAUUGCAAAACAAAGUAAUUAUGAGUUGGUGUGUUGUUCUGGUCAUGGAAAGAAUGGAACACUGUCGGCCCUUCAACAAUCUAUUCGCCCAGAUUUAAUUACUGAGGUGGAACUACCAAGUUGCACAGGUAUUUGGACGGUUUACUACAAGAGUUCCCGUGGAAUUACAACCGAGGAUAAUGAAUAUCAUGCUUAUUUGAUAAUAAGCCUAGAAAGCCGUACAAUGGUACUUCAGACAGGUGAUGAUCUAGGAGAAGUUACUGAAACAGUUGAUUAUAAUGUUCAAGCAAGCACAAUUGCUGCUGGUAACUUGUUUGGGAGGCGACGUGUCAUACAGGUAUAUGCCAAGGGUGCUCGUGUGCUUGAUGGUUCCUUCAUGACGCAAGAACUGAACUUCACUAUGCACAGUUCAGAAUCUUCAUUGAGUUCUGAGCCAGUUGCAGCGGCAUCUGCUUCAAUUGCAGAUCCAUAUGUUCUUUUGAAGAUGGUUGAUGGAACCGUUCGACUUCUUGUAGGAGAUCAUUCUAACUGUACUAUUUCUAUCAAUGCGCCUACUGUAUUUGCAAGCUCAAGUCAGCGAAUAUCUUCAUGUACACUUUACUGUGACAGAGGCCCUGAGCCAUGGCUUAGAAAGGCACGUACUGAUGCAUGGCUAUCCAGUGGUAUUGGAGAGGCUACUGAUAGCAAUGAUGGUUUUUCUCAUGAUCAGUCAGAUAUAUAUUGCAUAAUUUGUUUUGAAAGCGGUAAACUUGGAAUUUUUGAAGUGCCCAGUUUUAAAUGUGUGUUCUCUGUGGAAGGAUUUGUUUCUGGAUCAGCUAUUUUGUCAGAUGACCUUUCCCAUGCUAAGGAUGCUGUAAUUGGAGUCCCAGAUGCUACUACUGUUUCUGUGAAGAAAGAGGAAGCAAAUAACAUUAAGAUAGUUGAGCUUGCAAUGCAUAGAUGGUCUGGUCAGUUCAGUUGUCCGUUCCUCUUUGGAUUAUUGAAUGAUGGGACUUUGUUAUGUUACCAUGCAUAUUGUUAUGAUGGUUCUGAAAGCAAUGCACAUCGGGCUCCUUUGUCACCGAAUGGUUCAUCUGAUCUUGACAAUGCCAGUGAUUCAAGACUCAGAAGUUUGAGAUUCCAUCGCGUUUCAAUUGAUAUCUCAUCACGAGAUGACAUAUCAAGUUUUACACGACCAAGAAUAACAAUUUUCAAUAAUGUUGGAGGUUAUGAGGGAUUAUUUCUUGGUGGCCCAAGGCCAACCUGGGUUUUUGUUUGCCGACAAAGAUUUCGGGUGCAUCCACAGUUAUGUGAUGGUCCGAUUGUAGCCUUUACCGUUCUCCACAAUGUCAAUUGUUGCCGUGGCCUUAUUUAUGUUACAUCUCAGGGUUUUCUGAAGAUAUGUCAAUUGCCGUCAGCAUAUAACUAUGACAACUACUGGCCUGUUCAAAAGGUCCCCUUGCAUGGCACCCCACAUCAGGUCACAUAUUAUGCAGAGCAGUCCCUCUAUCCACUUAUUGUCUCUGUUCCUGUUGUUCGCCCCUUAAAUCAAGUUCUUUCUUCUAUGGCUGAUCAAGAAUUGGGUCUGCACAUAGAAAACGAUUUUACAGUUGGUGAUGACCUCCAAAAGGUUUAUACUGUUGAUGAAUUUGAGGUUCGUAUUAUGGAGUUGGAGAAACCCAGUGGAUGUUGGGAGACAAGGUUCACCAUUCCGAUGCAACAAUUUGAAAAUGCUCUAACAGUGCGCAUUGUUACAUUGCAAAACACAACCACAAAGGAAAAUGAAACCCUGAUGGCGAUUGGAACUGCUUAUGUUCAAGGGGAGGAUGUUGCUGCUAGAGGAAGGGUGCUUCUGUUCUCUUUCAGUAAAAGUGAAAAUUCUCAGAAUCUGUUUCAGGUUACGGAAGUCUACUCAAAAGAGAGUAAAGGUGCUGUAUCAGCUGUUGCCUCUCUUCAAGGUCAUCUACUGAUAGCUUCUGGUCCUAAGAUCACAUUGAACAAAUGGACUGGUGCUGAAUUGACUGCUGUUGCGUUCUAUGAUGCCCCGUUGCAUGUUGUGAGCCUGAACAUUGUGAAAAACUUUAUUUUGUUUGGUGAUAUUCACAAAAGCAUAUAUUUUCUUAGCUGGAAGGAGCAAGGUUCUCAAUUGAGUCUGCUGGCAAAAGAUUUUGGGUCACUUGAAUGUUUUGCAACUGAGUUUUUAAUUGAUGGAAGCACCUUGAGCCUUGUAGUUUCAGAUUCUGAUAAGAAUUUGCAGAUUUUCUACUAUGCUCCCAAAAUGGUGGAGAGCUGGAAGGGUCAAAAGCUCCUUUCCAGAGCAGAGUUUCAUGUUGGAGCACAUGUGUCAAAAUUGUUGAGAAUACAGAUGUUGCCCACACAAGGAUUGGUAUCUGAAAAGACAAAUCGUUUUGCUCUUGUAUUUGGAACGUUGGAUGGUGGAAUUGGGUGCAUUGCACCUGUUGAUGAAUUGACAUUUCGUCGGCUUCAGAGCUUACAGAGGAAGCUUGUAGACGCUGUCCCCCAUGUGUGUGGCCUGAACCCAAGAUCAUUUAGGCAUUUUAAGUCCAACGGCAAGGCACAUCGACCUGGACCAGAUAACAUCAUUGACUUCGAGCUUCUUUCUCACUAUGAGAUGUUGUCUUUGGGAGAGCAACUUGAUAUUGCCCAACAAAUUGGAACCACCCGCUCGCAAAUUAUUUCCAAUUUUAGUGACUUUUUACUGGGCACUAGUUUCUUGUAGAUCACACUGAUCGGGAAUUUACUUGUGCUUUGUAAUUCAGUAGAAUUAGUGCCAGUUCCAUCGACUCCACUUACAACAGAUCUACUGUAAAGAUGUCUGCUGCCGAGUUUAGGUUUUUAUUGUUGUUUUCACUAGACAUUGGAUGUUCACCAGAAACUGAAUUUUCAGUAGGCUUGGUAUUAGAAAUGGGAACAUAUCAAGUGCAAACUAACUUCUUCGUGCAAA